AUGGGUGUAGUAGAAGCAUUAUCCGAAGCAACUAGUGCGAGCGAAGAUGCACUCCGUCUGCUCCUUUCGGUUCUUGCAGGUGAAAGGAUGUACGUAUUAAAGACAUAAACAGGAUGUUUCAGGCUAUCCGUUGGCAGUACUCCAUAGAACGUUUUUUUACAACAAGCCUCAGAACGUCCAGCACGUCUUUUUCGUUGCUGUGGGAAUUUCCCUAUGGUAUUUCAACUGCGGUACCGCCGUUGUACAUGCUCUACUUUCCAUCGGAGCUGCAUACUUUAUUACCAACUUCAUGACUGGAACGGAUGCAUCUGUUUAUGCUGCCCAUGCUUGUUUUUUGGGACAUCUCCUUGUCGGUUAUUGGCAUUCAGAAACCGAUUCCUAUGAUAUUACGUGGACGACUCCAUUCUGCAUCUUGACUCUGCGGUUUAUCGGACUCGUUAUGGACGUAUAUGACGGAUCUCAAAAACCGGAAAACUUGAAGCCUGACCAAAAAUUCACAGCUAUCAUCGACAAACCUGGACUUCUCGAGAUAGCUGCAUUUGGCCUUUUCUUCCAAGGAACUCUCGUCGGCCCACAGUUCACCCUCUCCAAGUUUCGUUCUUUCGUGAACGGUGACUGGCUGGAAAACGGAGAGCCACCAAAAUCAGCGUAUAAGCAAAUACGUUUUUAACAUCGAUAAAGUGUAAUUUCAGUUUCCUCCCAUCAAUUGGUCGCUUCCUUGCUGGGUGUACGUACAUGGUCCUUCAUCAAUGGGGACAGUUCUGGAUUCCUGAUACAUUUUUCAAUUCCGACUCUUUCUUCAAUAUGUCGUUCUUUUGGCGAUGGACAUGGGUCACGCUCUGGUUCCGUCUGACAAUGUACAAAUAUUGUGCUAUGUGGUUGAUGACUGAGGGUGCUUCCAUUCUUUCUGGUCUUGGACACAAUGGGAAAGACGAGAACGGAAACAAUAAGUAAUUAAAUUUUUUCGCUUGAAGUAUUACAGUAAUUAAUGUUUCAGAUGGGAUGGCGUCCGCGAUUUGCAUAUCAUAAAAUGGGAGACAGGGCAUGAUUACAAUUCGGUUGUGGAAUCUUUCAACUGCGGCACAAACACUUUUGCAAAGAAGUGAGAUGUUUUUUCUACUAACUUUUAACAUGUUUUUUUUUCAGUCAUAUUCACCGUCGUCUUCGGUGGGUAAAUAACAAGCUAGCAUCGCACGUCAUUACACUGAGCUACUUGGCAAUUUGGCAUGGAUACCAUCUGGGAUAUUUCCUUUUGUUCGGAAUUGAGCUUGGAUGCGUUCAAGCUCAGAACCAGCUCUAUUCAUUGAUUAAACGUACUCCAAAAUGGUCGGAAGCUAUCAAUCGACCAGUUGCGCGUCCUUUUAUCUGGCUGUUCGGAAAGAUCACAAUUUCAUACUCGAUGGGAUUCGCUUUUCUCAUGUUCGGACUUAUCAAGACGAAAUAUUGGAUUGGAGUAACCAAAACCGCUUGAAUCUCAGACUUCAAAACUCAUUUUCAGCCGGUCAGAUCGCUGUAUUUCGUUGGCUUCUUCAUUUACUUUGUCAUCUGGCCUGUUUUGCACAUCGUCUUUCUUCGUGUGCUUCCUCGUAGCAAUGCGACAAAUUCUGAAAAGACCAUACAGAAAAAAGAAUUGUAAUAUUUUGAUGUAUACCAGUUUGUCCAUGUUUUUCUAUUUCAAAAUGUGAUCCUUCAGUCCCAUUUCUUUUCUUUUCGCUAAGAUUAGUACCGCUACGGCUUAUCUUUGACUGGUAAUGAAUCAUAAGUUAUGAUUGACGGAGGUCAGUAUGUGAAGCACUCAUGCUAAUCCUCGAAGAAGUACGAACUUCGAAUGAGCUAGAGAGUGCCUCAGCUGUCGUUCGUAUGGUUCCAGAUAAUCUGAUUUCGGUUGGCAUUUGGAUUUCUUUAUAUAUACGAUCGUUCAUAAGGUUUAAAGGUGUCGUGCUGUACAAAAAAUUUAUAAAUUAUUUUGAAGAAGUUAAAAGUGGGAGAUUCAUGCUACCAAAGUCCCAAAUUCUGAAAAAAUGUCCCCCGAAUUUUGCUGUAUUUUCAAUAAAGCUAAGGAGGCUACCAGUGUUGAGCGGAAUUCCGUCUGCCGUCUUCCGUCUUCCGUGGAUUUUUUGUUCCGCCUUCCGUCUGCAGUCUUCCGGAAAAAAAAUUUUUCUUCCGUCUUCCGUCUGCCGUCUUCUCGGAAAAAUUAUCCUUACCGUAAAAGAGUAAUAGCUUUUUAGAAGCCAUUUACUAGCCCCGAAGAACGCGAAUUUCCACGGGCAAUGACCCAGAUCCAAAAUUUUUGUUGCUUUAGUUAUUUUUAAAAAAACCAGAGAAAAAGGUUCUGCCUUGACGAUUUUUUCGUUCCGUCUUCCGUCUGCCGUCUUUCGGGAAAAGUUUUCUUCCGUCUCCCGUCUGCCGUCUUCCGGGCGAAAAAUUUUCUUCCGUCUGCCGUCUUCCGGAUAUCAAAAUUCCAUUUCCGCUCAACUCUGGAGGCUACGCUGAGCCAGAACUGUCCCGGAUCAAAACUGUUCGAAUCAGAACUGUCCCGAAUCAGAAACCGUAACAACAUCACUUUUUGUUACAAGAAACACCUGCAGGUAGGCUUUGAUACGGGACAGUUCUGAUUCGGGAAAGUUCUGAUACGGGACAGUUCUGGCUCGACGUAGCCUCAUUUUUUGUUUUGGGGUUAUUCAGGGUACGAAGAAAACAAUUUUUCCGCUUUUUCUUUCGUUUUUUUACGUCAAAAAACUCAAUUCAGCGAUGUAAAAAAACGGAAAAAAGACGGAAAACAAACCUACGCUGCAUAAUCCCAUUACCAAAGUCAGCAAGCUCUCCACGAAAUUAAUUGAAAGUGCUGUAUUUAGUUCUUGUAAUUUAGCCCACCCGCCCAAGCAUUCUCCGGCUCUCCCUCAAUGGGUUUCCUUUACCAGCAGUCAGCGGCUACAUGUCGCCGCUCGUUUCGUGUAAGGCCGAGAGAGCACACGCGAGCCACAGCGUGCACAUACUGCGGUCAGCCGGCUCGUUUUGGAAGCUUUUGCUGCAUCUCUUCCCUAUUCAUUCGGUCGCUCCUCUACGUCUUCUUGUUUCACUUUGCAUUCUUCAUUUACUUCUUACGCUACUGGCAUGCCGAAGUUUUGGAAAGUAAUGGUUUUUAAUUUUGUUCAGUUUCAAAGGGGAAAAGAAAGAACCGGAAAAUAGACUUAUCAUCUUCCUAGUGACCAAUAUGAACGAUUGAAUUCUUGAAUAUCCAGAAAUAAGUUUCUGAAAAGAAACACCUCAAUUCAAUUCAUGUUCUCCUGCGCAAACAUAUGCACACAUGAUGGUAAAGGAUAAGGCCAUCAUGUAAAUAAUGAAAUACUCGAGCCCUCAUUUUCUUUAGCUCGCUAAUUAGGCCCCUUCCCUCUCCCCGUCUCUCUUUGCGAAUAUAUCCCGACGAACACAUUUCUGUUGUCUAAAGAUCGCCAAUGGCGUAAUUGAACUGUUGGUCCGUCUGCGUCUAUCCCGCACCAUUCAAUCAAUCUCCCAUCAUUCUUGCACCAUUCAAAUAGUCCUUGGUGUUACGUAGAGAGAUGCGUCUAUCGAUCGUUCAUAACUAUUGAGUUCUAUUUGUAACUGUAGGGUUUUUUUUAUAAGUUUGGAUGUUGUUUCGCGCAAUGGGUAGGACAAACUGGUCUACAUGGAUUUCACACCUGUUCUGUUAAAGCCUAGUUCAAUCUGAAUUGAUUCCCAUCCAUCUAAUAGGAUACCUUACAGGGAAUUGUAAUCUCAACUUUGAGAUUCUCAACAAGUGUUUCAAUAAUUUUACCACUUGCUAUUUGAACAUUUUAGUGCUAGGAAGUGAGAUUUCGUUGUAUGGAAAGGAAUUUAUUCUCCACCAAAAGAAAUUGUCAAUGUCGUCUAUUAUUCUUUUUUGUGGAACGAUUUCGGUCCUUUUCUCACCUUGGACUUACCUAUUAUGAAUGCAUCGUUAACUAUCUGAGAGAAUAAAUGCGAAAGAAUGCGGAUGUGCCCAGUAGACCAGACUUGCAACGGCCGGGCCGGGCUUUAAAAAAAAAUCUACAAGGCCCAGCCCGGCCCGUCGGGCCCGUUCAGCCAGAAAUGUUAUUAAAAAAAAAAACUGUUCGCGAAGACAUCUUUAUCACUCGAAAACGUCUUCUCGCGCUUCUUUCAUCGAAAAUUCCGGAAAAAUCGUGGAACACAUUUUUUGUGACGGGCCGAGCGGGCCGGGCCCUUAUUUUGCAAGUCUGCAGUAGAUCGAUCAAAAACGAAUCUAUAGUAUUUUUUCCCAAAUACUUUGUUGUGUCCAUUCGGUCCCUCGUACUGUUUCUUUAACUAUUACUCACAUCGCCACAGUGUAAAGCUGAAGAAACGUAGAGAAAAACACUCCUCAGAGUUAUGAUUGUUGCCUUAUUUGCAUUUGUGGGAGUGGGAGCAGAAUCUAUAUGGCAGAGCAGGACCAUUUGCGUCUGCACCUAACACUUUUGUUCGCAUCACUUGAUGUUUAAUAUCCAUUUCUUUUUCAUUCGAUGAGGAACGGCAUGAGUGUUGUCAUUGUCGAUGAAGGCUUACUCCGAUUAAGGCAUAUGCUUUUUAUUAGCCUUGUGCCAUCUGUCUCCCAUCUUCGCAGACAUCAUUAUUUGUCCGACGAGGGUGUUCUCCGCAUCUCUCUUUGCAUUUCCUUCUCCCAUUGAUUUAUUAAUCCUCUUUCUCAAAAGUUCACUGACAUGGAUUUUUUAAUGUGGUCUGGUUGGAAUCUCUAUCCUUCUCAUACGUUUUAAAUUAUGCUUGUUCGAAAUAUUUAUAAUAAUUGCAGAAUACGAAAGCUAGACUAAAAGACGCCCAUGCUGAUGAGAGUAUCACCUUUGAAAUUAUAAGCUUUUUCAUAAUCAUGAAGAAACAUCGUGUAUUUUAUCUUUUCCUUCUGAUAUUCUGGAACUUCUGCACGAUAUGCUCACUAUCGUCCUCUUCUGAACAAAUCUUCGAAUUCACUGCCCCACUUUACAAUCUAUCUCUAGAAGAAAAUUCAAUUGAUGCCAAAUAUGCCAGAUCUGAUAACACAACCAAGAUAGGUGUUUAUGUUCCAGAAAAAGACGCGAACUGCAAAUUUCGAAUUGCUGAAGUUACUGUAAGUUUAGAAGACCGAACUUUUUUACAGAGUGAAAGCCGAAUUUCUGAUUUAAAGAACUUUUUGGCUCUGUUCGGAAAUGAGAGGCCGAAACGAAAAUCAGAGGCCGAAGAAAAUAAUCGGAGGCCGAAAAUCAAAUCGGAGGACCAAAUAAAAAAUCGGAGACCGAGUUUCUGUUGCCGUUUUCAUAGUUUCCCAUAAUUUUUCAGUGAUAAUUAGCCAUACUAAUAUCAGGAAGGUUUUUGGGGCCUUGCCGCUAAGUGAAUAUUUAGAAACUAUGCAAUUUUUAGGGUUUUACAUUUUCAAAUCUUGAAUGAAUUGAGAAGUCAUUAAUCAAACUUUAAAGUGAUCAGCCAGCUUAAAGGCAUCUCACCACGCUUAGGGUGUUUAAGGGCCAAUUAAGCGGCCAUGUCGUCCUAAUAAAAAAUUUUGGCAAUUCAGUCAGAAAUCGGAUGAAUAGUUUUGAUGAGAUUUCCUUGUGUACUACUCAGCAGGGUGGUGAGGCCUAAUCUGAAUUGUCUCUUCAUCAUUUGACUCUAAUAAGCUUCUAGAGUAGAACUUGACUACCCAAAUUUCCUGAUGUCACAUUUGGGAAGUUCAUACAAAAAUGUUCAGAAAUAUGUUAACAAACUUCCAGAUCACUGAAGUACUAAAGUUUUGACUACUAAAGUUCGAGUGGUUCAUAUAAAACAGAACAAUUGUGAAAAAUAAGAACAGUUAGCCAGGUGAAUUCGGCCUCUCAUGAGAAUCUAAAAUGCAUUUUAGAUUCGGCCUCCGAUUUUAAAUGUGGGCCUCCGAUAAUAUUUUUGGCCUCCGAUUUUUUUGUUCGGCUUCCGAUUUCCGAACAGAGCCAACUUUUUUACAGUGAAAGCCGAAUUCCUGAUUUAAAGUCUCAUUUUGAAUGCCGCGUCCAAAGUUUAAAAAAAAACCCGGAAAUCCCGUGGAUUUUGUUGUCCAAAUUUGGCAAGGUCGGCCGAAAUUGAACUGAACGAAUGUGACUGUACACCAUAAAACUACGGUAUUUUUUGAAAGGAGAUUUCGGCCGACUUUGGACAGUAAAAUCCGCGGGAUUUUCUGGUUUUUCUUUAAACUUUGGUCGCGGUAUUAAAAACAUUUGUUCCAGGGUGAAAAGUCUUCAAUCUUCAAAGCACAUGCCCGACAAGUAGGAAAUUUUGUGUUCCUCCGUAUCCGAUACAAGGGCGACAAUCCUUUAAAUCGAGAGUUAAAAGUACGUUUAUUUCAUUUCUAUCAACAAAAUAAUAAAUUUCUUAAGGAUUUCUAUGACAUUCUUGUCAAAGCUACUUGCAAAAGGAGAGAUCUAUCAAAUCUGGAAACCACCGCCCGAUUGCAUCUGAGAGUAAACGAUCGGAAUGAUGCUAGCCCUGUCUUCCUCCUAGACGGAGAAGGUUACGAAGCAGAAAUUGACGACGAUGUAAUUCCGAUGUUAUGCUUAAUCUCCAACUGUUCAUUUUUCAGAUUGAACCAUUCUCUGACGUUUUGAGGGUGGAAGCUUCUGAUGCUGACAUUGGCAUAAACUCUGCCAUCUAUUUCUCGUUGGUUAAUCGAUCGCAUGACUUUUUUGUAGAACCUGUAACGGGAUGGAUCCGAACCCUUAGACAUGUGAAGAGCGGGGAAUACUUUCUGAAAGUCAAAGCUGAGGACAGAGCAUCUCGAUUGUAUUAUUUUGACGAAAACGAGAUACAGCCGUCGUGGACUGCCGAUGUUCAGGUUUUUAUUGUUGUUAAAGAGCUAUUCCUAUCAAUGUCAUUUAUAGAUAAAAGUUUGUGAAACGAAACCACAACGCACGAAAGUAUCCGUUGACCGAAGGAAAGUCAAUCCCAACAGUAUUCGUCGACAAUUGGUGGCAAUCAUCAAUCUGAAACAUGGUACUCCGAACACUACAGUGGGAUUCAAGGAAAACCAGAUGAGUAAUUGGUUUGAAGUGGAGUUUGAAGAAAAGAAAUGGAUGUUAUACACUGUAAGAUUGAAUGAGUAAUGAAUCCAAUUAACUUUUCUUAUCGUUGCAGAAAAACGGAACUAGAAUACCUACGAACAUGAAUGUGUCUUUGAACAUUGGCGAAGACUCUGCUCGUUCCUCGGCAAGCAAGAAGCAUACUUCUAUAAACUCGACCGUUAUUUUUCAAAUUGAAUAUUCAACGCAGCAUUCACUAUCAUUCUUGGAAAAUAGCAAUGUUUCUAUCAAAACGGACGAAAUGGCACCUAUUGGCCGAAUUCUCGGACGGUUCCCGAUUUCAGUCGAAGAUCCUAACGACAUUAGGCUGGUUCGAUACUUUAUCAGUCGAGAAAAUGGAACUAUGAAAGGAACGCUGCCGUUCGAAAUUGGAGGUCGAAGCGGCAUACUGCGAGUUUCAUCAAUAUUAAGUAGUACUACUGAGCGAAUCUACAAAUUCAGCAUUGUAGCGGCUUUGAUUGGGUUGUCAGCGGAAAAUGCGACCCUACCCGUUUCAAUUCAUUUAACUGACGGAAAUAGCCAUGCUCCUGUUUGGGCAGCUAAAUGGAUGAGACAAGGACCUAUUGCCAUAUCUUCAAACAAAAAUGUCGGAGACGCCUUGUUGACAGUAAGCGCAGCAGACCAAGAUGAGGGAGAGAAUGGCAGAGUUGUCUACAAAAUCAGCAGUGAAAAGUCGAGAUUGCCCAUUUCAAUUAAUGCAAAUAGUGGAGAAAUUUCCCUCAAAGAAUGGCCUCUAUUAGGAUCGGAUCAAAGUUGGCCGGUCACCAUCUGGGCUGUGGACUGUGGGCUGCCCAUGUCAAGAAUGUCUUCUCUCAGCCUUGUCUUCUACAAAAACGGAACAAAGACUCCUAGUAAACCAAAGCCAAUCAUCGUGCAAGAGACGGAAAACAAGAAAAGUCCCAUUUUCAGUUCAUUCCCAGAGAUCAUAGAAGUUACGGAAGAUGCUCCAUUUGGAACGGUGAGAACCAUUUGCUUAUAAUAAUUAGACUGAUCUGUCUGUGCACCACGCACGCUCAAUAGCGUUUAUGGGCCCGCUAGACUUGCUCGGUUUCUAGUUACUUGACCCACAAAAAAAACUGAACGAUCCGCUUUCUGACCACGGCCCGGCUUUUCAUACAUGCGACUAACGGUUUUUUCAAUUUAUCUCGAGAAAUCAAAGAUAGAGACUUCUGCUUUUUUGAGAAAAGUUCAAUUGUAUUUUGUUCUUCAAAAUGAGCCAGGAUAGAGGUUAAUGUAAGAUUUAUAUGGGAAGUUAGAGCUUCACAAUUUUCUGUCCCCUGUAGAUUUUGCCGGCCCGUGCUGACGUGCGGUUUGAGUAAAACUUUAAAAUUUACAUUUUUAGCUGGUCGUAAAAUUGCAAGCAGACGAUGAAGAUGCUGGAUACAAUGGGCUUGUCCGUUACAUUAUCUUCGAGUUAACAAACUGUUCGCAUGAAGUUCUAAUGGCGAACGAGCUUACUGGAGAAGUAACGGUUGCAUCUGACUUGUCCUUAUUGAUGAAAGAAAAACAAGAAAUCGCUGAGUUUCAGGUUAGUAAAAAAAAUUCAACAAAUCUCAACUUAUCAUUGAGGUAGCAUUCAUAAAGUCACUAAAAAUUGCGAGAAUUCCGGUAGCCUGUCUCCAACUCACUUCUGAGAUCACACUCAUUUUCUCAAUGACAAAUGAUAAUCAUUUCAGCUGCAAAUAGGUGCAACAGACAGCGGAACCCCUCCGAAAAUGGUUCAUAAAACCAUAAAAUUGCGAAUCAAAGACGUCAACAAUCAUCCGCCGCAGUUUGACGAGGUAGGAAACUAUAGAGAAUAUAUUCUGACCUUCAUUCUUUCAGCAAUCUUAUCACGUGACAGUUAGCGAAAACGAGUCUGUUGGAAAGGAGAUCUUCAAAAUAACGGCAACGGACUUCGAUGGAGGAUCGAAUGGAAGAGUGUUCCUUAGCUUGGCCAACGACUAUGACGAAUCUGUAAUAAGCAUCGACUCGAGGAGUGGAAUUAUUAAACUCAGAAAGACAUUGGAUAGAGAAUCACAAGAUUUUCAUCAAUUCACAGUAGUAGCUACUGAUGAGGGAACCCCGCCUACAGUCUCAUUUGCCAAUUUCACACUAUACGUGGAGGACAUCAAUGACAAUGCUCCGAAAUGCGUUGAUACUGUGUUGAGAACAAAAAUUCAUAGCGAUUUACCACAUAAUGCAUUUGUCGCAUGUGUGACAGCAUCCGAUGCGGACAUUGGGCAGAACUCGAAGCUGAAAUACUCGCUUAACUCAAGUUCCAACAAGUAUCCUUUUCGAAUUGAUCAUCAUUCCGGAUGCAUUUUUGUUCAUGUACCGGAAACACCGCUAGACUUCCGCAAGACACCCCAUUUCAACAUUUCAAUUGACAUUACGGAUCACGGCGAGCCAGUUCUAUCAACAACCUGCAAUAUGAACGUGGAACUUGUCGAAUUUUCUCCUAAUCACUUGGCUAUUGAGUUCGACGACAUUGCCAAAGAAGCCAGUGUCUAUGAAAACUCUGAUGUCGGAACUGAAGUCAUAAUGGUUGAAGCGAAAGAGAUGUCGGAUGAUAAGAACAAGUUGGGAAGCGUCGAAUACAAAAUAAUUGGAGGUGACGGAUGGCCGUACUUCUCGAUAGAUCAGAAAGGUAAGAGCUACUGACGAAAACUAUGGUAUCGGUUGAUUAAAUUUCUCAGGAACUGUGCGGACAUCAUACAUGUUGGAUCGAGAAACGAAAUCGUAUUAUUGGCUCACAGUCGCAGCACGAGACAUUAAACAGUAUUACCGAAAUGAUCCUAGAGAUUCAUUUCGCAGAAAAGCAGUACUUCACAUCUUUAUUCGAGUUUUGGAUAGAAACGAUCAUCGGCCACAAGCAAGAAAACCUAUGUACAUAGCAAGUGUUCUUGAAAAUUCGCCAGCGGUAAGGCACUGAUUCCGAACUCGAACCUGAAAGUUGAAAUGAUCAUUUUCAGAACGUGGUAAUUGUGAAAGUGGAAGCUACGGAUGCUGAUGACAUAGGAAACGAUGCAGCUGCUCCAUUGACAUUCAAGAUUGAGCGCGGAGAUCCACAAUCUUUCUUCCGUGUCGAUCUAACCUCGGGGUAUAUCACAACAUCUGGUUUGAGGCGUCUUGACCGUGAAAAGCAAUCAGAGCACGAGCUAUGGGUAGCCAUUUGCGAUGGCGGUGAACCCCAGCUUUGCUCGCAUGUUGUUGUCAUCGUAAACAUCUUAGACGAGAACGAUAAUGCACCAGCAUUUACCCAGUCUAUUCAUCACUACAAUGUUCGAUCCAAGUUUGUUGGAAUCCUUUGCCGGUAACCAAUUUCAUGCCACUUUUCUCAAUUAACAUUAUAACUUCAGAAUAUUUGCUGUUGAUCCUGAUACUGAAAAAAAUGCUCUCUUAUCCUACAACAUCACCGAAGGAGACCCUCGUUUUUCAAUUGAUGAUCACGGAAACAUAUUAACCUCGGAAGCUAUUCACGACGAUGAAAGCUACGCGCUGACCGUGCAGGCAACGGACCAUGGAAUCAUUCCUCAGUUUGCGGCCACGCGUGUUGUUCUCACUGCAGCUAUCGGGAAAGAAAAAAACCGAACUUCUACUAACAUGGCUCCAGUGAUCUCUGGUAAAAAAUUGGACUACGUAAUACCCAUAUCAGACGCUGAUCAAGUGGGAUUGACAGUAGGAAAGCUAGAAGCCACGGACAUUGACGGCGAUGAGUUGUGGUGGAGUAUAACUUCUGGGAACGAGAACUUCGUUUUUGACAUCAGAAAAGAUAACGGCCAAUUGAUGCUAGCCAAGAAAGUAAAACUUUUGAAUCGAGGAGAAAUGAGACUGAAUGUCAGUGUUACUGAUGGACAGUACUGGGAUCAUACUACUGUCAUUAUUCAAGUAUCUCGUCAGGUGUCACAGCGACCAAAGUUUUCUGCAUCUCAUUAUCAAACGGAUGUCUCGGAACGAGUUGCAAUUGGAACGCAGAUCUAUACUUUGAAAGCCACUGGAGAAACCUCUGGAUACGGAACGAAACCUCUCGUGUACAGUCUGUUCAAUGCGAAUGAUAUUGCGAUGGCAGACAAAAUUCGUGUCGAACCUAGCAGCGGAAACGUUAUCAUUAUGGAAUCACUGGAUUUCGAAGCCGCGAAGCAAAUCCAGGCUGUUGUUCAAGUCCAGCAAGCUUCUAUGAAGAGCUUUGCCACUUUUAUUUUAAGAAUCAAUGACGAGAACGACAACCCGCCUCUAUUCGUUGAUAAAGUCGCCUACGCAUUAGUAGAUGAAAAGUAAACUUCAUGUAUAUGACAAAUUACUGAUGUAUUGAUUGCAGGAUUCCGGUCGGGGAUGAUAUUGCUACAGUAGUUGCGUUCGACAAGGAUAGCGGAGAAAAUGGCGUUGUUUCGUAUUCUAUUGUCAGUGGAAACGAGGAAAAACAAUUCGAAAUCGAUUCAAAGGAAGGAACUGUUCGAUUGGCUCGCCCCAUCAAUCCAGAUGAACAUGUUGAAUCCAUACUCCGAAUUCGAGCUAGCGAUAUGGCCUUAAGUUCAUUGAAGGAUGAGAUGACUCUUCACAUACGUAGUGAAAUCGGUGCACCAGAACUUGCCAAAUUUGAUAGGUAGACACGAUAUCCAUGUAGUUAUAAUACUGUGAUUUUGUCAGGGCUGUGUAUCAAAUACCGAUUCAUGACUCAACACCUCCAGGCAAACCUGUUCUGGUUCUCAAUUCUUUGCACCAUGGAACUGUCAGAUAUUAUGUGCUCGGAAACUGCACAUAUUUCGAGAUCAAUGUUCUGUCUGGAGCUGUUACACUUGCGAAAUGGUUAACCAAAGACAGAUCGAAAACAGUUGAGUGCGAAGUUGAAGUGCAAGGCAGAGAUGAAUCGAAAGACAAAGCAAAGAUUGUAGCAAAAAUCAUUCGGACCAAUCAGCAUUCGCCUGUUUUCCGCGAACAAGUUUAUUCCGCCACCAUAAGAGAGAACAGUCUUUCUGGCACACCAAUUCUGUCCGAGAAUCAGCUUCCACUUGUAGUCACUGCCAUUGAUGAAGAUACCGGUCCAAGUGGUUUGGUUGGCUAUACAAUGCUUUCUCCAGAAGAUAAUUUUGAAAUUGAUAAGUAUUCGGGAAUCAUUCGAUCGUUGAAAACAUUGGAUUACGAACAAUUCAAGGAGUAUAAAUUCUAUGUUCAAGCUUUGUGAGUCGUUCAAUAACCGUUAUCACUGUUUUAAAAACUUAUUUCAGCGACAUGGGACAGCCAACAAGACGAUCUCUGAUGCCAUCGCUGGUCACUGUGAAUGUGGUUGAUGAGAACGACAACGAACCGCGUUUCCCUAUGAAAUCUGUAGAUGCGACAAUUCUGUUACCUACGGCUAAUGGAGUUUUCGUUGGCGGACAAGCUGCUGAAGACGUGGAUACUGUAGGAUCACUUCGAUAUUUUAUCAAGGAUUCUACAGUCAACCAAUUAUUCACGAUAGACACAAAAACUGGCGACGUUCGUGUGAAAGACGCAGAUUCAAUUCAAGCCAAAGUCUAUCAAUUGGAAAUUUUCGUUUCCGAUGGAUUGCGCUCAGGCUCGUACACACUCGAUGUCAAUGUUUCUUCAACGCCCUCGAACAAAGAAUUCCGGUUCAUCGAAACUGAGUAUCACGCAUCAAUGUUGGAAAACACGACUGCUUCACCUGGAUACUAUAUAAUCGCAGUGAACACUAUCGGAGAACGUUUUGAUGUGCCGGUGACAUACUCAAUAAUCAAUCCACGCGAAGAGUUUCUGAUCCACCCUGCAUCAGGAGUUAUCUCGUCUACUGGAUUACCACUUGAUCGUGAGACACUCCCUGUCGUCCGCCUAGUCGUGCAAGCCCAAGCUGCCGGAAAGAAGCUAACAAUUGCUCAAACUGUUGUGAACAUCAAAGUGGAAGAUAUCAACGAUGAGGAUCCUAUGUUCUUGAAAACUCCGUAUGAUGUCACCAUCAAUUCGAACUUUGAAGUUGGCUCAACCAUUCUUACGAUCCUAGCAGUUGACAAAGAUGAAGGCGAUAAUGGAAAAGUGAUAUACUCCUCUCUAGACCUGCCGGAUCGGUUUUUGCUGAAGAAUGGAAGGAUUUCUCUUUUGAAGGAAUUUUCUGUUACUGAAGAGUUUGAAUUCACCGUUAUCGCCCGAGAUUGUGGUAAACCACCUCGGAAAGCUGAAGCGGUUGUCCGGAUUCGCGUCGUGGAAAAAUUACGCCCGAUUUUCGAACAAAUCUCUUACUUGUCAGUCAUAUCCAAGGAGACAGGCACAGGCACUACAUUGGCCAAAGUGUUCGCAAGAAGCAAUCUGAAUCCGGAAGACAGAGGAAUGAUCGGCUACCGCAUCGUCGGUAGCAGCAAAAUUGCUUCUGUCGACUUCACUAGUGGCGAAGUAAAACUUUCUACUAACGCGAAAUCGCUAACGGACGCGGAAUAUGUGUUUGAUGUGGAAGCUGUUGAAGUAACGAGACCGAAGAUGACGUCAAAGACUACUGUUAAAAUCUCAGUAGCUCCCAGUCAAGGAGAACUGCCAGUUUUUAGUCAAAAACAGUAUUCUGCGCGCGUCCCCGAAUCGACUUCUGUUGGACGGUCACUUCUCACAGUUCACACUGCUCAUAAGAAAGAAAACGUACUCUACUCGAUUGUGAACGAUGAAUUGGGAUACUUUGAAGUUAAUAAAGAAACUGGAGAAAUUACUCUGCGCAAAUCGUUAGAUUACGAAACGACGCAACAGUAUAAAUUCAACGUACUCGCAACCACUAACACGCAGUUACCGUCGGAAACCCAGAUUACUGUAAUAAUCGAUGAUGUCAACGAUGAAGCGCCAGUUUUCAUUAGAUCAAGUAGUGUUGCUUCAAUCGCUGAUUCUGCUGUCCCUGGACAGUUCAUCACGAUUCUGUCGGCAACUGACCGUGACACAGUCUCCUCGCUCCCAGGCAGUCAGAAGUUGUCAUACAAAAUUGUCGACGGCGAUGAAACUCUAUUCAACAUUGCCUCGGCCACUGGAGAAGUAACUUUAGCAAGGAUGAUAGAGGCAGACGAUCUUACUGAAGACAAAACAGUCAAGCUGCUCAACGUUUCGGUCUCUGACGGAUUAUUCGCUACCUUCGCUCGUUUAUCUGUCGAAAUUGCUAGAAGUGGAGCUAUGCAACCGCCGCCUCGAUUUGAGCAGAGCCACUAUGUUGCCAGCGUACUGGAAAAUACGUGAGUUAAAUAGAUAAAGGUCGGAUUUCGAAUAACUUGAAUUGAUUACAGAGUCGUAAACAAGUCUGCUUUACUAACCGUUUCUGUGAAAGGCGGAAUUCCACCGUUCCAGUACUCCCUCGGUUCUCUUUCGAACUCUCCAGCACGAAAAGAAUCCUGGCCUGUUGCGAUUGACAGAAAAACGGGUAGAAUUCAUGUGGCUAGAGUUCUUAACUACCACGACGAUAAACUUUACCAGUAAGUCCAACACCUAGAAAUGUCACUCUCAAUACAUGUUUUGCAGCGUCCCACUAGUAAUGGAAGAUUCUGUUCGGAGACGUGCUUUCUCUACUUUAACUUUAUCCGUGAUCGAUGUCAAUGACAAGCCACCUUUAUUCGUUCUACCUUUCUACAGCACAUCAAUUUCCGAGCUAGCAAAAGAAGGAGAUACCGUAUUGAUGGUCUCUGCAACAGACGAGGAUGCAAGUGAAACGGUACUGAAGCACAUAUAACUUUUUAUUGAACUUUUUUUUCCAGAUUGAGUAUUCCUUGCUCGAAAGCAGUGAAGCUGUUUAUUUCAACAUUCAUCAACGGCAAGGAACUCUUACAGUUGCGAAGAAGUUGGAGCAUAAAGCUGGUGUCAUACUGUCACUCACUAUCAAAGCCACGGAUUCUGCCAACCCGCCUCAUCACGCAACAACCACUGUGGAAAUCAAUGUGGCCAGCGAGAAUGUGAAAGUACCACGAUUUUCCAAUAGUCAUUACUUGUUUGCUGUAAUGGAAGAUGCUGACGUCGGGAACGUGAUCGGAAGAGUGCAACAAAUGGAAACUGAUAUCGACGAAGUCAGAUUCACGCUAUCUGAAGCUUCACCUGACCUACCUUUCUCAGUCGAAAGGUCUACAGGCAAGAUUGUUGUCAAAAGUGGCUUGGAUCGAGAACGUAGAAAACAAUGGAAGAUGUCUAUUCGCGCUGAUGCGGCUGGUGGAGUGCAUGCAAUCACAACAGUUACUAUCGACGUCAUAGAUGUUAAUGAUAACGCUCCGAUGUUUCAUGGUGAUUAUGAGAAGCUUACAAUUUCUGAAAAUGCUGUCAUCGGAACAAGUGUGACUAUUUUCUCGGCAACUGACAAAGAUGAAUCGCCAAGUGGGAAGAUCAGUUUCUCUCUUGUGAAGGUAGUUUGAGAGAAGGUAUGAUAAUGGGUAAUUUUUUCUUUCAGAACGAUCCUCACUUCCUCAUGGACGAGAACAGCGGAUGGCUUACUGUAGCUUCUCAGUUGGAUCGCGAGACAGAAUCCCAAUUUGAACUUGUUGCAAGAGCAACUGAUGAAGGAGGGUUCAAUACUGAUCUUCCUUUCAAAGUUCUUGUAACCGACGUGAACGAUUCACCUCCGAAGUUUGAGAAGGACGAAUACGUGAUAGAGUUAGACGCGUCAAGGAAGGAUCUUCUAACGGAGACGAUUCUACAAUUUCUUAUCACGGACGCCGACCUCUCUCCUAACAAUCAGUCACAAUUGUUUAUUGCAUCUGGAAACGAAGAAGGCAUUUUCGCAAUCGAUCCUCCAUCCUCUUUGAGAGUUCUACGACCGGAAAUAAUCGAGACCAGGAACGUUCACAGACUGACUGUGAUUGCAUUUGAUGGUGUAUUCCAAGCGACAUCUGAAGUGUUCAUCAACGUCAACAAGCGUUCUUCUGAAAUGACAUGUUCGGAUUCGAAAAUCACAGUUUCACUUCCGGAGAACUCCAAGAAAGGAACAGUUGUGUUAGGAGAAACGACAUCUGCAAUGACUCGUGUCACCUUCGAAUUGAAGGACGACAUUCCUGGUCCAUUUGUUAUGAACUUCCGGAACGGAAUCGUUAAAGUGAAAGAACUCAUCGAUUUUGAAAAAACUCGGCGAAUCGAGUUUGUCCGCGCUACAGUAACUAAGAACAAAGAAACUGUUUGCAAAGAGUUCGUCACUGUCCUAAUCGUGAACGAAAACGAUAACACCCCUGUAAUUGAAGAGAAGGAGCAAGCUGUGGCAAUCAAAGAAAACCUACCUGCAAAUGAGAACGAAAGGCAGUUUUUGACACGGAUCGUGGCUCACGAUGCAGACGACGACGAAGUUACGUUCUCAUUGAAUAACGACUACAAUCACACGUUCCUAAUCGACGAGACAAGUGGAGUGAUUACAGUAGUGAAACCUCUCGAUUCGGAAGACACUGGGCACUUUUUGCUGAUCGUCACGGCCACUGAUGGGAAAUUUUCGGAGAACGGUAAUUUUAAGAAAAAUUUAAUCCUCUUUAUAUUCUUCUUACAGCUUCCGUACUCGUCUCAGUGAUCGAUCAGAAUGACAAUCCUCCAAUUUUCGAAAAAUCGAUGUACUCGAUGAAAGUGAUGGAAUCAGAAGCAGUUGGGUAUUCCUUGGUUCAUUUCCGUGCCAGCGGAGGAGAUACAAAUGAAACUAUCAAGUAUUCUCUAAAGCCUUCGCCGCUCAACAAGUUUGUCAAAUUGAAUGAAGUUACUGGAGUUCUAUCACUGGCCGAACCUCUGGAUUACGAAAAUGUUGGUCGAAUUGAUCUAACAGUUAUCGCGAUCGAUUCUGGAAGUCCGCCUCUUGAGAGUGAAGCAAAGAUCGAGAUAUCAGUGAUGGAUGAGAAUGAUAAUGCCCCGAUGUUUGACAAACCGAAGUACACUGGAAAAGUGAAGGAGAACACGAAAAUCGGUACAAAAGUUUUGACUGUAAAAGCCACCGACGCCGACAGUGAACACUUUGGAAGCGUCUCUUAUUUCAUAGAGACAGUGAGGAAAGAAGACCAAACUCCAAUUCCAUUCACGAUCGAUUCGAAAGGCGAAAUAAGAACAAGCUUAGAAGUGGACUUCGAAACUAUUCAAAAGUACACGUUCCGAAUUGUGGCGAAGGAUGGUGGACUGCCACCUCUGUUUGCGGAUGCGUUGGUCGAGAUUCUUGUGGACGACGAGAACGACCAUUCACCAAUUUUCGAGGACUGUAACAUGACAGCGGUUGUACGAGAAAGUGAUCCGAUCGGCCAGACUGUUUUCCGUUUUGUGAUUACUGAUGAAGAUGGUCCGACGAACGGUGCUCCGUUCCAAAUUACUGUCAAUGGCGACGGGUCAAAAACUUUUGAUGUCACCAAAGAUUUCCGGCUGGUUACGACGAAAAAGCUGCAACACUCGAAGAAGGACAAGUUCCUACUGACAAUCAUGGCCAAAGACGUGAAAGGACGGUCUACGGAUUGUCCUUUAACAGUCUUCAUUCGUCAAGAAAGUCGUCAUCCGCCCACUAUGAAGCCGAUUGUGAUACGAGUGAACACGAUUAAAAAUGAAAUGCAGUCGGGAGUUAUAGGACGUCUGAGAGCUGUAGAUGAGGAUGCUGAAGAUCUGUUGCGGUUUGCGAUCAUUGAAGGGAGCACAAUUGGACCGUUACCCACGCUUGAAUCCCCGAAACCACAGUCAUCGUUAGAGAGGCCACACCAUUUCCGCGUUGAUGCCAUAUCUGGUGAAAUCUGGACAGACCAUUCCAUUCAACCUGGACUGCAUACCUUCAAUGUGACCGUAUCUGAUGGAAAGUUUAAUGCCGUCAGCUAUGUAGAGGUGUACGUCUCAUCUAUUGAUAGCGAUGUUGUUGAUCAUGCUGUUUCAAUACGAAUACGUUCGAUGACUGUUGAUGAGUUCAUGCGCAACCACGUCACCAAAUUCCGAAGUGCUAUCGCACAUCAUUUAAACCUUAACGAAGAUAGUAUUCAAUUGAUCAGUGUGCAGAAUGCUAGUGAGGACAGCGAAGGUGAAAGAGUGAAAAGAAGUUCUCAAGUUGGCGAUGUGGAAGUUUUGAUGACUGCUCAACGAGGUCAUGGUAGAGGAUAUCUGAAACCAGACCACAUUUACUCGCGUCUAAAGGUUGACUUCCAAAAUAUCAACGAGCAGAGCGAACAAAUGGUACUUUUAAGGAAGCGCUUUGGAUAUCUAAAUGAUCGGUUUUUUCAGAGAUAUCAGCUCAUUACGGAAAUGUGCACUACUGGUGUUUGUCUGCGUGGAGAAUGCCGAGAAAUGAUUGAGCUUAUCGAAGACAAUUGGAUAAAAGUGUUCACAAACGACUUCUCAUUCGUUUCCCCGUCACAUAGCCGUAGUGCCAAAUGUCUUUGUCCGGAUGGUUUUGGAGGAAAACGAUGUGAAAGAGAGAUUAAUCAAUGCUCAAAGUCACCGUGCGAGCCAUGGCAAAUCUGCAUUCCUUCUCUUCUCAACAAUACGUUUGAAUGUGCUUGUCCAUUGGGAACAGAAGGCGAGAAAUGCGGUCAGCCAUCUUGUAAGAACGGUGGAAAAUGCUUAGAAGGUCAGUUUUGACGUGCAUAAAUGUCUCUAAAAUUUACACUUUUGCAGAAGCGGAACUUUCUGUCGGCGGUGAUGGAUUCUUUGAAAUUUCUCUUUCAAACGAAAUCGAAACAAGAAUGGAAUUAGAAAUCGAGCUGAAAACAACCACAACCAAUGGUGCCAUCAUGUGGAGUGCUGGGCAUCGCGACUAUCACAUGCUCGUAAUUGCGAAUGGAUCGGUCGAGUACCACUGGGAUGCUGGAUCUGGCCCUGGAGUUGUCCGGUCGAAAUCAACGAUUGUUGACGGCCAAUGGCAUCGUAUUGCUGUCUCCAGAAGACAACGACGCUCUCGCAUCACAAUCGAUGAUAGCGAUUUACAAGAAGCAUUCAGUCCCGCUGGAUCUACAGUCCUCAAUCUGCAUGGUUUCUCACAGAAGCUUGUGUUAGGUGCAAAAAUUAUCCGAUCUGACAACAAGGGCUCAGUGGCAGUCAAGGAUGGCAUAUCAGCUUGUUUCAAAACGAUUUCAAUUGACGGAAUAAAAGUUCCAAAGACAAGACAAGGAAUGAAGUUGUAUGGUGCUCAACCAGGAUGCUCAGCUCUCACUUCUUCUCCAUGCAACGAUCUUCCGUGUCAGCACGGCGGCUCAUGUACUGCUUCAGGUCGAUCUUUUACGUAAGUUUGCCGUUCUUCCUCUCUAUUCAAGUAUCAUACGGAAUACUUUCAGGUGUGAAUGUUCAACUCGUUACUCUGGUGAUCUCUGUGAAGUUGAUCUCGAACCAUGUGCUUCAAAUCCUUGUCCGAACUCCAUUCAAUGUAUCCCGUUCUACAAUGACUACCUUUGCAAGUGUCCCAAUGGCUUUACCGGAAAACAUUGCGAGGCACGCGGAUUUGAAGAAGUCCAAACUUCCACAUGCUCCAAUAAGAAUGUUUGCGGUAACGGACAGUGCAUUUCGAUACCCCGUCAAAAUCCAGACAGCUCCGACUUUAUAUGCAAUUGUACUGGAGGAAUUCUGCAAACUUCUCCUUGCACCGAUCGGUCAAUCGUCGGAGGCAUACUGGAUCUUCUUCUCAAGGCUGAAAUCAUCUUCGUUCUUCUUGGAGCAAUCAUUUUCCUGCUUGUCACUUGCAUCGCCUUCGUUGCCUGGAAAUGUUGUACGAAGAAGCGUGACCCGAAGUACGGAGCCCACUGUGAUGUUCCGCAUAUGCGAAACACCCGAGUUCAAGUUCCGGUCGCUCCUCCACCUCUACCACCACGUGGAUUCCGGAACGAUUCAAACUUCAUUGGAUCUUCGACAAAUACAAACCGGCCAAUGGUUCAAGUCAGACCAUUCACAAACGUGCAGGAAGUACGAGAAUCACGAUCUCCAUCUGCAAGUGGAAGCACGAAAGGAGGGCGACGUGAGCUUCCGUCAGACAAAUUCAGAAGACCGGAUGAGUUGAACACCUCUAAUCGACUGCGGCAAUCGGAUAGAAGAGUUUUUUCAAAGGAUGAUACUUCAACGCCUCUCAGAAGUGGUAGUUUCAACUCUUCCGACGAUUGGAUGGCUCCUUCAAUAGAUGAUAGACUCGAAUCUGCCUUGCGUUAUUCAAGAGCAGCAGCAGGCGCAUUAGUAGUUGGAGACACCGAACUAAUGCCGGUGAUCAACGAUGACGACUACAUGACCAUGAAGCCUCGUAGAGAUGUAAAUUUCGAACGUGACGACGAUGAGAAGCCGAAGAUUCCUGCUCACGCCACACCGACAUCACCUUCGUUCCAAAACUCGGUUACUGAAAGAUCAGCGCUUUAUGAUGAUCCGAUCUCUCUGAACUCUCAAUCUCUAGACGACAUUGACGAAGAAGUCAACAUACACAUCUCAUAA